AUGCUCAAGCAACUCUCCGUCCUCGCCCUUGCGGGCUUCGCACUUGCUCAGAACGAGACUGUCCCUGAUCUCGCUGCCGCCUUGAACUCCACCGACGAGCUUUCCACCCUCCAGUCGGUCAUUCCCGCAGGUGUACUUGAGUCUUUGGCUGGUCUCACCAACAUCACCAUUCUCGCACCCUCCAACAGUGCUUUCGGAAAGAUUGACAAUGAGACACUUUCCAGUCUCACUUCCAACGAGGGCCUCCUCACCGCCCUGCUACAGUACCACGUGCUCAACGGUACAUUCAGGUCGACCGACAUCACCAACACCAGCACCUUCGUUCCUACAGCGUUGACCAACCCAAUGUUCACCAAUGUCACUGGAGGUCAGGUUGUCGAGGCAAUUGCCAUGGAUGACAGCGUGAUGUUCUACAGUGGUCUGCUCGCCAACUCAACUGUUACAACAGCCGAUGUUAGCUUCACUGGUGGUGUGAUCCACAUCAUCGACAGUGUCCUCACUCUACCUGAGAACACUGCCGACACCCUUUCUGCCGCCGACCUUGUUGCCCUCCGCGGGGCCAUCAACGCGACCGACUUGUUUGACACCGUCAACAACACCCCGAACAUCACCAUCUUCGCACCCAACAACGAGGCUUUCCAGAACAUUGGCUCUGCUCUCGGUAACCUAAGCACUGAGGACGCUGCCAGCAUCCUUACCUACCACGUCAUCGCCGGCACCAUUGGCUACUCCUCUACCCUCGAGAACGGUACCAACCUCACCACUGCCAACGGCGAGCAACUUACUAUCACUAUUGGUGAUGGCGGUAUCUUCGUGAACAACGCUCGUGUCGUCGCUUCUGAUAUCCUCAUUGCCAACGGUGUUGUCCACGUCAUCGACGAGGUCCUCAACCCCUCCAACGCGACCAUUGCCGACCCUACCUCUGACGAGGGAGAGCCAGCAUUUGAGGGCGCAACUCCUGUCUCUGAUGUUCCCUUCACCAGUGGCCAGCCCACUCCCACCACCAGCAUCGGCGAAGACGCUAGCGAUGCUGCUGACCCCACCAGCACGCCUUCCAACACUGACAACGCUGCCCCCAGGCAGACUGGUGCCAUUGGCAUGAGCGCGCUGCUCGGCGCUGCUGCCGUUUACUUCUUGUAA